GGAAAUUGUUCCCCUCCCAAGCGCCGGCGGUGCCUCGCCUUGUUGCCAGAAAGAAAAAAACAUCGUUCUUCUUUUGAGUGCCAUGGUCGAAGGAUUGGGAGUAUUUUUACCGGCUAGUUUUUUAUUUUCCUCCGUGAAAGAGUAGGAAAUCAUGGAGUCAAUUUCACCCGUUUACUCGUCGACGACGGAGAAGCGGUACUCUCCGCCAUGGGCGGACUUGAGCAUUAUCGGUAUCGCAGGCAGCUCAGGCUCUGGCAAGACCUCCGUGGCAAUGGAGAUUGUGAAGUCCCUGAAUCUGCCUUGGGUUGUUAUUCUUGUAAUGGAUUCAUUCUACAAAAGCUUGUCUCCAGAACAACAUGAAAAAGCCCACGCCAACGAGUAUGACUUUGAUUGCCCGGAUGCCAUAGAUUUUGACGCAUUGGUGCACACGUUAAGGGAUUUGAAACAAGGGAAAAAAGCAAACAUUCCUGUGUAUUCGUUUGCUGAACACCAACGCCAGCCUCAAACGACCACUCUAUACUCACCGCAUGUGUUGAUACUGGAAGGAAUUCUGGCCCUCCAUGACCCAAGGAUCCUGGAACUCUUGGAUGUCAAGAUAUUUGUCGAAGCAGAUAUGGAUGUCUGCCUGGGACGCAGAAUCCUGCGUGAUGUCCGGGAAAGACAGAGAGAUAUUGAUGGGAUCAUCAAGCAAUGGUUUACCUAUGUUAAGCCAUCAUUUAAAAGAUAUGUUGAACCUCAACGGGGAAAUUCUGAUAUCAUUAUUCCCCGUGGAAUUGAGAAUAAAACUGCCAUCGACAUGGUGGUCAAGCAUAUCCAGCGUAAUCUCCAAGAAAAGUCUGAGAAACACAGAGCCGAUUUGCAUACAUUGGGCCUCAUUGCCUCGGAGGGACAACUAUCUCCAAAUGUGCACAUAAUGCCCGAAACGCCGCAGCUCGUGGGUAUGAAUACGAUUCUUCAAGACCCUUCUACCGAGCAGGUUGACUUUGUGUUUUAUUUUGACCGACUUGCUUCGAUGCUGAUCGAAAAGGCACUGGACAAUACUUUGUAUAUUCCGGUGGAGGUGAAGACACCACAAGAAAAUAGCUAUAAUGGCUUGAACCCAGCAGGAACCAUGUCUGCUAUUGCAAUUCUGCGCGGUGGCUCGUGUCUUGAGACAGCUCUCAAACGAACCAUUCCCGAUUGUAUCACUGGUCGCGUGCUCAUCCAGACCAAUGAGCGGAGCCAGGAGCCAGAGCUGCACUACUUGAAGCUGCCUCCAGGGAUUGAAGAGCAUGCUACUGUAAUGCUACUUGACCCUCAAAUGUCGAGUGGGGGAGCUGGCUUGAUGGCUGUGCAACAAAUAACUAAUAUCAAUCUUCUUUUAGCGGACCCUCGAUUUGCGAAUAUCCAAACCGAUCCUCGUUAUCGCCUCCCCAGCAAACGUCAGACUCAUGUGAAACUCGAUCAGCGUUUCGCGCACAUGCUGCACGAUAAGGAUUUCUCCAAAAAUGCUGCAGUCGAUAGAUAUGGACGUAAAUUGGCCCGGGAUGACACAAAGAAGCAGUUGGAAAAAUUCUACCGAUUGGACGAGGACGAGGACGAGAACGAGGACGAAGGUGAAGAUGAGGACGCACAAGUCAGCGCCGAUGACGACGACGAGGUUCAGAAAGAGCUGAAGAAGGUCGAAAGCCGCUCUUAUGAUCCGGCACGAGAUGGAGGGUUCUCGGACUCUUCUUCGGAAGAGGAGAGUUCAAGUGAUGAGGAAAGCGAGGAAGAGGCAGAGGAUCUCGAAGAACACGAAUUCCCCGACAAGCAGCAAUCAAAUAUACCCAUGGGAGAUGUUACAAAGCGGAUAGCAGUUGUCAAUUUGGAUUGGGAUAAUAUCCGGGCAACGGAUUUGAUGGCUGUGUUUUCUAGCUUUGUUCCUACUGGGGGUCGUGUGUUGAAGGUCUCUGUCUACCCGAGUGAAUUCGGAAAGGAAAGACUGGAGAGAGAAGAAACUGAAGGGCCUCCCAAAGAGAUCUUCGCUUCGAAGAAAGACGAUAGCGAAGAAGACGAUGAUGAAGAUGAGGUUGACUCGGACGAAGAAGAGGAGAAGAUCAAGAAGUCGAUGCUGAAGGGUGAUGAAGGCGAGGAGUUUAACUCGACACAACUACGACAGUACCAGUUGGAGCGACUACGCUACUACUAUGCUAUCAUGACAUUCUCAUCUAAAGAUGUCGCAAAGCACGUCUAUGACCUGGUGGAUGGAGCAGAAUAUCUCUCGAGUGCCAACUUUUUUGAUCUCCGCUUUGUGCCCGACGAGACCGAUUUCUCUGACGAUAGGCCCCGCGAUGAAUGCGAACGGAUUCCGGAUGGAUACAAACCAAAUGACUUUGUGACCGAUGCGCUGCAACACAGCAAGGUCAAGCUGACCUGGGAUGCAGACGACAAGUCUCGUAAAGAAGCUCAGGCUCGAGCAUUUGGUGGUAGUCGAAAGGAAAUCGACGAGAAUGACCUGAAGGCAUACCUGGCUAGCGAUAGCUCCGACAAUGAGGAUGGAGAAGAAGAAGAGGUUGAAGUUUUCGAUGCUACAAAGGAAGACGGAGCAACCUCCAAGCUUUCCAAAAAGGAAGAUGAAAGACAAAGAAUGCGCGCUCUGUUGGGACUAAGUGCAGAGGUACCCAAGCCUUCCAAAUCAGACGGACCGGUUGGUGAGAUGGAGGUUACAUUCACAUCGGGUCUCGCCGGCGGUCCUAACAACGACAGCAUUUUUGAGAAUGAGCCUGAGAAGGAUGAGACUACGAUCGAAAAAUACGUGCGUAAGGAGCGCGAGAGGAAGAAGCGCAGAAAGGAGAAGCUCAAGGCAAGCAAACAAGGCACCACUGCAGAGGAUCAGCAAGACCAAGGUGAUGCCGACAGCGACGGUCAGACCGCCGCCGCAACAACAGGAAAGGAAGAGGAUGAUGACCUAGGAUUUAAUGACCCAUUCUUUGACGAACCUGAUAGCAAGGCUUCCGCCUCGGCUCGUCGGAAGGAGGAGAAACGCAAGAAGAAGGCUGAACGUGCAGCUGAAGAGGCGGCAUCGGCAGCCCAGCGAGCAGAGCUGGAGUUGCUGAUGGUCGACGAAGACAAGUCCGGAAUCAAGCACUUUGACAUGAAUGCGAUUGAGAAAUCCGAAAAACAAGCGCGCAGAAAGAAGAAGGGCAAGAGCAAGAGCAAGGAAACCGAGGGCCCUGCAGAUGACUUCGAGAUGAACGUCAGUGAUCCGCGAUUUUCUCGACUGUACGAAAGCCACGAAUUUGCUAUUGAUCCCACCAACCCUAAAUUUAAGGCAACGUCGGGCAUGAAAGCUGUGUUGGAAGAGGGUCGGAAACGUCGGAGAACCCGUGAUGAUCGGGGGGAUGACGAAGAAGCAGGUGAUUCUCGCGACCAGAAAAAGAAGCAGAAAAAGAGCUCUUCCAAGGAAGCGGGGUCUGAGGAUUUGAAGAAGCUGGUGGACAAGGUGAAGCGAAAGACGCAAAAGAGCUGA